AUGGUGCCCAAGGCAGAGGGUGCCUUCCUGUUGCUCUUCCUGCUGGUUCUCACUGUCACCGAGCUGCUGCGGCCAGAGCUUCGGUGCCACCCCGGGCAGUUUGCAUGUCACAGUGGUAUCAUCCAGUGCAUACCCCUCCCCUGGCAGUGUGACGGCUGGCCAACGUGUGAGGAUAAGAGUGAUGAAGCCGACUGUCCGGAAGUGACUGGAGAGGCCCGUCCUUAUGGGAAGGAAACUGUGGACCUGCGGCAGGGGCGAACCAGAGGAGGGGACCCCACACACUUCCACACAGUGAACGUGGCUCAGCCUGUCCGCUUCAGCAGCUUCCUAGGGAAAUGCCCGAGCUGGUGGCACCACUAGGAAGGCACAGCCAGCUGCUACGGGGUCUACCUCAGUGGAGAGAACUACUGGGACGCCGCACAGACCUGCCAGCGUGUGAACGGCUCCCUUGCCACCUUCUCCACUGACCAGGAGCUGCGCUUCGUCCUAGCCCAGGAAUGGGACCAGCCAGAGCGGAGCUUCGGCUGGAAAGACCAGCGCAAGCUCUGGGUUGGUUAUCAGUAUGUCAUUACUGGCCGGAACCAUUCCUUAGAAGGUCGCUGGGAAGUGGCAUUCAAAGGCUCCCCAGAAGUGUUCCUGCGCCCAGAUCCCAUCUUUGCCUCCGCCCUGUCUGAGAAUGACAACGUGUUCUGUGCCCAGCUCCAGUGCUUCCACUUUCCUACCCUGAGGCACCAUGACCUCCACAGCUGGCACGCCGAGAGCUGCUCUGAGAAGUCCUCAUUUCUGUGUAAAAGAAGUCAGACACGUGUAAGAAGUCAGAUCAAAGACAAUGUGGUGGAUGAAGGGUUCUACUUCACUCCCAAGGGAGAUGACCCAUGCUUGAGCUGUACCUGCCAUCGAGAGGAGCCUGAGAUGUGUGUUGCUGCCCUGUGUGGGCGGCCCCAGGGAUGCCAGCAGUACCGCAAAGACCCUAAGGAAUGCUGCAAGUUCCUGUGUCUGGACCCAGCUGGUAGCAGCCUGUUUGACUCCAUGGCUAGAGGGAUGCGCCUGGUCGUCAGCUGCAUUUCCUCCUUCCUCAUCCUCUCGCUGCUGCUUUUCAUGGUCCACCGGCUGCGCCAGGGGCGCCGGGAGCGCAUCGAGUCCCUGAUUGGAGCAAACUUGCACCAUUUCAACCUUGACCGGAGGAUCCCUGGCUUUGACUAUGGCCCAGAUGGGUUUGGCACAGGACUCACUCCACUCCACCUUUCUGACGACGGGGAAGGUGGGACUUUCCAUUUCCACGACCCUCCACCUCCUUAUACUGCUUACAAGUGCCCAGACCUGGACCAGCCGGACGAUCCACCACCACCCUACGAGGCUUCUAUCAACCCAGACAGCGUGUUCUAUGACCCUGCAGAUGACGAUGCCUUUGAGCCCGUGGAGGCCAGCCUGCCAACCCCAAGGGAUGGUGGCAUUGAAGGUGCCUUGCCCAGGCACUUGGAUCAGCCACUGCCCCCUGCAGAGACCUCCUUAGAUCUGGAAGACUGGACAGACAGUAGCAGUGCCCUGCUGGUGCCUCCUGAUCCUGCCCAGAGUGGAAGCACCCCAGCUACAGAAGCACCACCAGGGGCUGGGCGCCUUUCCCGUGGCUCCCUCAACACUGUGGUUUAG